AUGGAUGCUACUGACAAAGAGCUGCGAGAAGCCGAGCUGGAUGCUGCGCCCCACUCUCAAAAGCUCGACGAGAAGGCAGGGGACUCGCCAGGGUUAGGAAGAACCACUUCAUCGGGAAGGGCGUCCAGCGCGUCCAGCAGUUCGGUCGACUACAAUCCUCAAUUACACCGCUUGCAGUCCCGCAAUACAGAGCUUGACCUCGAGCGUAAUCGAACCAGCGUCUCGCGAGAACUCAGUAGAAUUGAAACUCAACGACUUCAACAUUCAUACACGGUUGGUGAAAGUGUGAAGUCACGGCCUUCCAGAACUCCAUUACCACCUUUCGGUGCGGGCAAACCAUACCCGCCGCCCCUGCCAAACCGCGAAGACUAUGUCGUCGAAUUCGAUGGGCCCGAUGACCCAUUGUACCCUCAAAACUGGCCCCUGAAGAGAAAGGUCUACACCAGUGUUAUGCUUGCCUUCACGAGUAUCUGUUCCACCUUCGACUCUGCCAUUUUCAGUGCCUCCUCCCAAAACGUGUCAAAAUACUUUGGCGUGAACCUCGAGGUCGCUACCUUGUCUAGCACCCUAUACAUCGCUGGAUAUGCUUCCGGGCCCUUGCUCUGGGCGCCCCUGUCGGAGCUCAAGGGCCGUCGCCCGGGCAUCGUUAUCGCUAUGCUUGGGUUUGGCAUCUUCAACAUCGCUGUCGCUGUUUCCAAGGACCUCCAGACACUGAUGAUCUGUCGAUUCUUCAGCGGGAUCUUCGGAAGUUCGCCGCUUGCGGUGGUGGCAGCUAUCUUCUCGGACAUUUACGACAACCGAACCCGUGGUGUUGCCAUUGCCAUGUUCGCCGCUACCGUUUUUCCAGGUCCGAUGAUUGCGCCGUUCAUCGGCGGCUUCAUCAACAUGUCUUACCUCGGAUGGCGAUGGACGGCAUAUAUCCCAGCCUUCAUGGGAUUUGCGGCGUUUGUAUUAAACCUAUUCUUCUUGCAUGAAUCGUAUCCGCCGGUUGUUCUGAUUGAGAAAGCGGCAGAGCUUCGCCGCCGCACUAAGAACUGGGGCAUUCACGCCAGACAGGAAGAAAUUGAGGUUGAUCUGCGUGAGCUGAUUGUUAACAACUUCUCCCGUCCUAUCAAGCUUCUUAUCAACGAACCCUUGAUCUUGGCGGUGACUAUCUACCUGAGCUUUAUCUACGGUCUGUUGUAUUGUUUCCUCACAGCUUAUACCUUGGUUUUUGAAGGGGUGCAUGGAUUCAAUCCAGGUCUCAGCGGACUCCCCUUGCUGGGCUUGGUGGUCGGUCUUUUUAUCGCCGCUACGUAUAUUGUCUGGGACAACAGAUCGUACAAUCGCAAACUUGACGCGAACAACGGUAUCACCGUUCCAGAGUGGCGCCUUCCCCCGGUCGUCCUUGGAGGCGCUCUCUUCGCCGGUGGGCUGUUCUGGUUCGGGUGGACGGGCUUUUCCAAGGGCAUCCCCUGGAUCGUCCCGACGUUGAGUGGCCUCUUCACCGGUUUCGGACUGCUCAUCAUCUUCAUCCAAUUGUUCAACUACCUCAUUGACACGUACCUCAUGUUUGCAGCGUCAGCGAUUGCCGCCAACACGUUCUGCCGUUCAAUGGUGGCCGCCGCCUUUCCGCUUUUCUCUCGCCAGAUGUUCAACAACAUGGGUAUCCAAUGGGCCGCGACUCUGCUUGGCUGUGUUGCUGCUUGCCUUGUUCCAAUCCCCGUUGGAUUCUACCUCUACGGAAAGCGAUUGCGGAUGAAGAGCAAGUAUGCGCCGUUCUUCGAACCUCCGGAGGAGGCAGCUGAAGAAGAACAGGAAGUCGCAGACGGAGCGGCCGAAGCUUCGGGAAACCAAUGA